CACUCGCGCAGAGGCUUCUGGGAAACCGAGUCAUCGCUCUUAAUCAUUCAUGCUCCCAUUCCUCCUCGUCCACCUCUAACAAGAUGCCCGCCGUUCAUCACAAACUGCUCCUGGAGGACGCUUUGCAGGACAGUCCUCAGACUCGCUCCCUGCUCAGCGUGUUUGAGGAGGAUGCCGGGAUGCUUACAGACUACACCAACCAGCUGCUGCAGUCGAUGCAGCGUGUGUUCGGAGCUCAGAGUGAGAUGGGAUUGGCCACGGAGCAGCUCUCCAAGCAACUUCUGGAUUAUGAGAAGAAAAACUUUGCCCUCGGAAAAGGUGACGAAGAAGUGAUAUGCACGCUGCAGGACUUUGCCAAAACUGUAGGGGAGCUGAAUUCUCUCCACUCUGAGCUAGCAAACCAGAUGGCUGACGGCAUGGUUUUCCCCUUGAUCCAGUUCAGAGAGAAGGACCUUACUGAGAUAAGCACACUGAAGGAAAUAUUUGGCAUCGCCACCGACGAGCACGAGGCUGCUAUGGUCAAAUACAGCCGAUUGCCCAAGAAGAAGGAGAAUGAGAAGCUGAAGUCCGAUUUGGUGAAGGAGGUGGCGUACACUAGAAGGAAGCAGCACCAGGCCUCUCUGCAGUAUUACUGCGCCCUCAACGCCCUGCAGUAUCGCAAGAGAGUAGCGAUGCUGGAACCCAUGCUCGGCUACACACAGGCACAGAUCAGCUUCUUCAAGAAAGGCAUCGAGCUGAUGUCAAAGAAGAUGGACAACUGUCUGUCCUCUGUGUCUGACAUGACUCAAAGUAUCCAGGCGCAGCUCGACAUCGAGGCCGAAGCCAUGCGCGGGUCCCAGAGGGAGUUUCUGUCCGUGGAGGACACUGUCUACAUGCCAGACAAGGACAUCGAGCCCGUCAAUCGCACACUCAUCCAGAAGGCUGGCUACCUCAACAUCAGGAAUAAAACCGGGCUGGUGACCACAGCGUGGGACCGACUGUAUUUCUUCACGCAGGGGGGGAACCUCAUGUGUCAGCCGCGGGGGGCGGUGGCGGGGGGCAUGGUGCUGGACCUGGACAACAGCUCCGUCAUGGCUGUGGAGUGUGAAGACAGACGCUACUGUUUUCAAAUAACCUCCCCCUCAGGCAAAACAUCAAUGAUUCUACAAGCUGAGGGCAAAAGGGAAUAUGAAGAAUGGAUUUGUACUGUGAACAACAUCUCCAGACAGAUCUACCUGACUGACAACCCAGAGGCCGUGGCCAUCCGACUGAACCAGAGCGCCAUCCAGGCCGUCACCCCCAUCACCAGCUUUGAGAAGAGACCCGAGGGCUCGCCCAACCCCGACAGAGCGAAGCCGGGAGGUGUAUACGUUACCAGCAGCGGUACCCAGAAGACGGGGGCCGCUCCGGAACCAGAAGACCUGAUAGCCCCAGGGACGCCCAUUCAGUUUGACAUCAUGCUGCCGGCCUCGGAGUUCCAGGACCAGAACAGGGCCGGGGGCAGACGCACAAAUCCGUUUGGGGAAACGGACGAUGAUUGUUCAACGGAAACUGACGACUCCCUCCUGCAGCAAGUUUUCGCCGUGCGCUUCCAAGGCUCGAUGGCGGUGCGCUGCGGCAACAAUCAGGAGGUGAUCUACGAGGCCAUGAGGCAGGUGUUGGCUGCCCGAGCCAUCCACAACAUCUUCAGGACCACCGAGUCCCACCUCAUGGUCACCAGCAGUAGCCUCAGGUUGAUCGACCCUCAGACUCAAGUUACAAGGAUAAGUUUCCAGCUCGGCGACGUGUGCCAGUUUGCCGCCCACCAAGAGAACGGGAGGCUGAUGGGGUUCGUGGUGGAGGGCAGGGACUGGAGUGACGGAGAGGAGGGGGGCGAGCCUUCGUUCAGCGCCUUUGUUUUUGAGAGCAACACAGAGGGCGAAAAGAUCUGUUACACCAUAAACUUGGCAAAGGACAUUACAGAAGCCAAGAAGGACCCAGAGGCCCUGGCCCAGCUGAUGAAGAACAUGCCUCUGACCAAUGAUGGUAAAUUCCUGCUGCUGGAGCCUGAGACCGGCGACACGAGCAACGGAGCAGAAGAAGACCUGGAGUCUGAAGCCUGAACCCAUUUAGGACCAAAAAUCAAAAGACCAGGACUCAGGUCCACCAUCUCCUCCGGGGGGGGGAGGGGAAGGCUUCUUCUGGCUGGACAUCGUGACUCGUUCUAACAGCCACAGUAGAGAGUGUAGUUCACUUACCCUGUGUUACUAGAUCUCCAGUCGUCCCAUCCAACGUGUGCUCCAUUAGUUUUGCUUUUCGAGGGGCGGACUGUAGCGUGGGUCUUAGGUUUUGGUUUUUAGUGGGUGGUGCUUCCAUCCGAAGGGACCCUUUUACAGGUACGGAUUAUAUAUCAUUGCCAUUUAACAGAAGGCGGGGACUCAUUUGUUCAGUUUCUGGGUUUACAUAGUUGAGAGUUUCUUCUCUUACUUUGUUUUACAGAUUAACUUGAUUGAAACACUCAUUAUUUACAGUUUCCUUUUGUACAAAAACAUUAUUGCAAUUCCAAGGUGAUCUGUUUGAUAACAGCGCAGUACUUAAGACAUAAGACUAUGGAUCUUAGACUCUAUAAAAUAAAAAUGAAGGACACUAGUUAAAGUAAUCACAGAUCCUUUUAGCAUUGCUAUUGUUACUCUGGGUCCUUUUAGCAUUAAAAUAACCUUUUUGCACUCAUGCCACUUUCAGGUUGCACACACGAGGCAUCUUGACAUGCUCCGACAUUCCCAUUAAACUGAAUUGAUGUCAUUGACCAGUACAAAACGUCCUAGAUGGUCUGUAUGCAACGUCUUGAGUGUCCUUGAGCAGCCCAAACGAUCUUUGGUGACAUUAGAACGUUGUGCUGCGUUUCUUGGACUCUUAUGUAAAUACGAACUGUUUGAGUGUCUCGGAUGUGCUGUUUAAUCAGAGUUGGCUUCAUUAAGAGCUUUCAGAGUCCACAUGCUCGGACUGGUGCGGUGCAUGAUUAAAUGAUGCUGUGUGCUCUCUCUCUCUCUCUGUCUGUCCCUCUGAAUAAUAUUUUAAACAAGAAAAGGUUUUUUUAAAUCAGUGAAAUGUUAACGCGUGUAGGCCGUCCCUGGGGGGGGGGGGCUUCAUUAUGCACUCAUUGAGAAGCAACUGGCCCGAUGCUUCUACAUAUGAAUAAUAAACAGAGGGGGAAGCGACUGGUCCGUGAAAGCCUGCCUUUCCUCGUGUUUUUGUACUCUAAUUCAGACGCGGUCAAAGCCACCAACUUUACUUUUUCUACUCUACACCAGAGCUCUUUGUAAAAUGAUUAAACAAGGAAGGAUUUUAAAUCAAGGACCCCUCAAAUUAGCUAUGAUUUUUGACUGCUUGUGAUGCGCUUUCUGGUGUAAAGUUGAACAGAUACAUUUAUUCAGUCGUCUUAACUCUACCAGACCUUAAACAUGUGUUUCUCUAAAUGAACUGUGGCUUAAAGCGUAGGCAGUUAACCAUUUCUUUCGUUUUGCCUGUUUUACGUGUGCAUUGGCUCUUGGGACUAUAAAGAAAAUGUUGUCCAUCCAA